GACCCAGACAGGAGCCUUCAAUUUGUAGGCAGGCAGGUAGAUAUUUACGACACGCACUCUUUGCCAGCCUCCCUUCAGUCUGCAUCAAACUUCUUCGACGAGCCAAUCACCAACGAUGGUUGUUAUCAAGAAGAUUGCCAUCGUCGGCGCUUCGGGAAACUUUGGAAGACCAAUCACAACAGCGCUCGUCCAAGCGGGUUUCGACGUUACCAUCAUAACAAGACCGCAGUCGACAACUUCACAUCCCACUGAUAUACGUGUCAUCCGGACUGAAUACACCGUAGCUGAGCUCACCGGCGCGUUUGUCGGGCAUGACGCUGUCGUCUGUGUCGUAGGUCCUGGUGGUAUCAAGCAUCAAGUCGAUCUCAUCGACGCCGCUGAAGCUGCCGGCGUAUAUCGCUUCAUCAUCGACGACUUCGGCUGGGGACCUGAGUUCAAUGGGUUUCCCGAGUUCAGGGAGAUACAUGCCCAUCGCCGUGAAGGAUGGUCUCAUGCUCAAGCCAGAGCAGAGGUAAAUUCUCAAUUUACAUGGUCCGGUCUCACGACUGGCAACCCCAUUGACUGGGCAAUGAAGAGGUUCCCAUUGAUGGGCUUCAAUAUCCCGGCACGAACUGCUCUAAUCUACGAUGCCGGAACAGAAGAAUUCACCGGUACUACACUUCAAGGUAUCGGACAAGCGGUUGUUGGCGUGAUGCAUAAUCCUGAGGCAACCGCGAACCGCUUCCUCAAAGUGCGAUCCAUCCGAACCAGUCAGAACAAGAUUCUUGCAGCGUUUCAACGCAACACGGAACAGCAGUGGAACGUCCAAAGGGCGGAGAGCAAAGACUUGACCCUAAGCGGCAAGCAGAAGUUCCAGGCCGGGAGAGGAGGCUGGGUUUUGGAGCUCGUUGUGGCUCAGAUGUUUGAUGUUGGUCAGGCCCGCUGUAUCGUUGCUCCAUCGAGAGGAGAAUCGGAUUCCGAGUUGUUGGGUGUAAAAGAAGAAUCGGAGGACGAGAUUGUCCGUAGACUGAUGGCUUGAAUGUCUUUUGGGUGGACUGUUGUUCCAGACCAAGCAAUCACAAUGCGCGUCCAUAUCCGAUACUCCCAGCUGCAUAUGAAUAGCUUAACGAGGCCGCCACGAUUACUCGUAAAUAUCAUCUUCAGCGCUUACGCGAGGUGUUUUGUCGAGCAAUAUCUUUCGUACUAGUGAAGCACAAUUCAAACUCGUAAAUAGGAAUUACGACUAUGUUUCUGAGUGAUAACAGG